AUGAGUGGUACACAUCUUAAGGUGCUGAAUCUAAGCAAAAACAAACUCAACAGCACAAUUCCUGAUGCAUUUCCAGAUAAUUGUGGUUUACAAACUUUAGCUCUUAAUAAAAACCAAUUUGAAGGAGGGUUACCAAAAUCUUUGGCCAAUUGCUCUUGGUUGGAGGUCUUGGACAUUGGGAACAACCACAUCGAGGAUACCUUCCCAUUUUACUUGAACCACACAUCCUUGAGGGUUCUUGUUUUGCGAUCUAACAAAUUCUACGGGCCUAUUUCUCAUCCAAAGCUUAAUGCCCCCUGGCCGAUGCUUCAAAUUAUUGACCUAGCUUCAAAUAAUUUUACUGGUAACCUUCCAACAAUGCUUUUUUCGUCUUGCAUGGCAAUGAUUGAUCGUGCACAUGAGGCGAAAUCAACGCUCAGUUACAUCAAGAUUGAUGCUGAUGGUCUUUACUAUCAAGAUACGAUAGCAAUUACUAUCAAGAAUUUAGAAUGGGAGCUGGUGAAGAUCCUAACUAUCUUCAAGAACCUUGACUUCUCUUGCAAUAAGUUUGACGGUCCUAUACCUGAAGAAAUUGGAGAACUCACACUGUUGUAUACUCUUAACCUGUCUCACAAUACUUUAACGGGCCAAAUUCCAAUAUCUUUGGGAAAAUUGAGUAAUCUUGAGUCUCUAGACCUGUCAAACAAUAAGCUUUCUGGUAAUAUUCCUGUGCAACUCGCCAAUGGUCUUAUUUUCCUGUCGGUCCUAAACCUUUCAUUCAACCAACUGGUGGGACAGAUUCCAUUCAUCAAGCAAUUCGCUACAUUUUCAGAUAAUUCCUUCAAAGGAAACGAAAGAUUAUGUGGUUUGCCUUUGAAAUUACAGUGCUCACAUGAGAAGCCACAAUUGCCGCCUCCAACAUAUGAAGAAAGUCAUUGGAGUAUAAUUGAGUGGAAUUACAUAAGUGCUGAAAUGGGAUUUGUUUGUGGGUUUGGAUUUGUAAUCGGGCCCCUUAUGUUCUGGAAGAGAUGGAGGAUAUGGUAUUACAAACAUGUUGAUGACAUUCUUUUCAAGAUCUUCCCUCAACUGUAUCUUGGAAAAGAACAUCGUCGAAGACAACCAUUUAGAAAUCAAGGGCUGAGGCACUAG